UUAUUUAUUCCAAAAUCCGACCUGAUUAACCCGUUUAACUCCGGUUUGACUCGACGGGAUCUGUCUGGGAUGUGUGUUUAAGCCAUGUUCUCUGUCGGAAAUGGAAUCCUUUGACUCACUUGAUCUUAGAAAAAGCUCUUGGUUCGUUCGCCAGCGCCUCGUGUUCUUGCCUGUUCGCGUCCCUUCUCAGAUCUCAAGCUCGAAUCUUUAACUUUUGAGACAGCCGCAGAGCUUCUGAAAGCCUCUCUCUCUCUCUCUCUCUCUCUCUAUCUCUUCGAGCCAUCGAAAGAAAAGUUAUGGCGGGAGCGACGGGCAGGAAGAUCUCGGCAGCUGCGGCGAGAGCGCACACUCGGAAAUCGAAGCCCAGCUCCUUCCGUCUCCCUUCAGGGAUCUUCCAGAAACUACUUCUGGUUUCAUCCAUUGGAAUCCUUGCAUGGGCUUAUCAAGCUAUCCAACCUCCUCAAACUAAAAUACCUGGCUCUCCUGGUGGGCCUUCUGUUACAGCACCAAGAAUAAAGCUUAGAGAUGGCAGGCAUUUGGCAUAUAAGGAACAUGGUGCUCCAAAAGAUGCUGCAAAAUUUAAAAUUGUUUAUGUGCAUUGUUUUGACUCUUGUAGGCAUGAUGCUGUUGUCGAAAAUAUUUUUCCUCAGAAAAUCAUCGAUGAUCUAGGGGUCUACGUCGUGUCUUUCGAUCGACCUGGCUAUGGACAGAGUGAUCCUGAUCCAAAACGAACUACGAAAAGCAUUGCUUUAGACAUAGAAGAACUUGCUGAUCAGCUGGGACUUGGCUCAAAAUUCUAUGUUGUUGGCUAUUCCAUUGGUGGCCAGAUUGUGUGGAGCUGCAUCAAGUACAUUCCUCACAGGCUAGCAGGAGCAGCACUACUAGCUCCAGUUAUCAACUACUGGUGGCCUGGUUUUCCAGCAAAUAUGUCUACUGAAGCAUAUAACCAAAUGCCCCAGAGGAAUCAGUGGGCACUUCGUGUUGCUCAUUAUGCUUCCUGGCUUACCUAUUGGUGGAACACCCAGAAAUUGUUCCCUCCUUCCAGCGUUGUAACUGCUAGUCCUGACGUUUACUCUCCCUCAGACAAAAAAAUUAUUGCCCAAUAUAUAAGAGAAACCCCGGCUGAAGUAAGACAACAGGUACAGUUUGAGGUAAGACAACAAGGAGAGUUUGAGUCCCUCCACCGUGACUUGAUGAUCUCAUUUGGUACCUGGGAAUUUACUCCCAUGGAUCUUGAAAGCCCAUUCCCCAACAAUGAAGGUACCAUCCAUGUGUGGCAAGGGGAUGAUGAUAUGCUGGUGCCUGUCACGAUGCAGCGCUUCAUCUCCCAGCAACUCCCAUGGAUUCAAUAUCACGAGCUACCCGAAUAUGGACAUGCAUUCCCUUAUGCUAAUGGGAUGUCCGAUGUUAUUACAAAGGUACUUUUACUUGGAGAAACUGCCAAAUAGCUUGCUUGACUUGUACACCUUCAGGGUACUUUUACUCUGAGAAACUGCCGAAUAGCUUGCCUGACUUGUAGACCUUAAGUUUUGUUCAUUGUUUGUGAAUGAAAGAUUUGAACCACAGUUGUAAGCGGUAUACUGUUUGCGAUCUUCUCUGUUUCCCUUCUUAUCUUUGGAGUUGCCAGGUCAAAUAAAGCUAAUUGGUCUAAUUUUCUUGA